AAUAUUUUGAAAAAUAUUUCAAAGUAGUUGAAUUUGCUCCUUUUUAUCAAAUAAUUUUAGUUUAACCUAAAUAAAUUUUCUUCACAAUCAUGAGUACUGCAUUGGAUAAGUUUCUUAUAACAGCAAUGGAUCGUUUUGUUUGGUUCAUCUUGUUGAUCGUGACGACCCAUUUGGUGACAGAAUUUACCAAAACCAAUGGCUACACAAGAGGUGAUCGUCGCAGCUUGAUUCCAAUAAAUGAGUCAACUUUUCUUAAUGCAAUCGAGAUACCAUAUUGGAUUCAGACACCAAAUCAUAACCUAGAUUUGAUGCAACCAUCCAAUGAGGCUAAUAAAGAAACUUUUAGUCUUCGACCUUUUAUUGAUAGUAUUUUUGAGAUUCCAAUGUCAGCUUUGGGUGCAGUUAAUCGUCUUGUACAAAGAUUGACAGGAAGUUAUAUUAUGAAUCCAACAGGAACAACUCCAUAUCCGGAAAAAUCUGCAAUGAGACAGAAGAGUUCGUGAAGAAAAUAGUUGUUUAUAAAUUUUAUUUAUUUAUUUUUUAUUUAAUUAAGUAAUUAAUUUAAUAAUUUUAGGAGAAAUAACUACUAAAAAAAAUGUU